AUGGCGACCUUUGAAGACUUAAGUGGCGUUAGGGGCGACUCCAAUGGGGUCUCGUCCAACCCAUACGACGCUCUCAUCGCCGCAUGCAACGACAAUCCCAAAUCAAUCCAAACCCGCUACGAAACGCACCGCACGGUCCGCAACGCGCAGCAGAAAGCGAAGUUACUCGCAGACGACUUUUCUGGCGUGGUGAUCGAUCCGAUCUUGCACGCGCUGGAGACGCAACCCAGGUUUGAGGAUCCGAGGAAUUGUUUGGUGUUCUGGGCGCGUCCACCAGUGAAUGUACGGGAGUUGGUCGCGAAAGUGCAGCGGAGGUUGAGGGAAGUGAUGCCGAAACUCUGGCUCAUGCCCCUCCCCAACCUCCACAUGACUGCCCUUGAAAUUACCCACUCCAAGACCGCCCCCGAGAUCGCCUCCCUCGUCGAUCUUCUCGCUCCAUCCGCCGGCGACAUCGUCAAUUACACCUCCACCCACCGCACGCAUCUCAUCAAACCUCAAAUCGGCUACGACACCUCUGCCAUCGCCCUCAGCUUCGUUCCAGCUGCUCGAGAAGCAACUCCAGUCGGCGACGCUGUGGAUGAGGAUACCUUUACUUACCACCACCUCCGACGCGACCUGUAUGCGCUGGCUGAGGCGGCAGGCGUGGCGGUUGCAUCGCGAUAUGUAGUCCCGUCCGCACAUCUAACGGUCGGGCGAUUCGUGCAUGCGGAAGAGUUAAGCGUCGAUGGGGAUAUACUGAACGGCGUUGAUCGAGAGAAAAUGCGGCAGGUGGUGGGAAGGAUUGAGGAGAUUAAUUCGUGGUUGAGGGAGGAGUAUUGGCCAAAGGAGGCCGGUAGGGAGAUUAAGGAGGGAGGGGAAUGGGUGGUAGGGGAGGAGCGGGGGUUGGAUUGUAGGAAGGGGAGGCUUUGGUAUGGGGAUGGAGAGACGGUGGUGAUCGGGAAGGGAUUUGGGAGGAAAUGA